AUGACUACCUUCGCCGCCGCUCCAUCGCCCACCCUUGCCGAAUCAAGCCAUCUCAAAUACCUCCGCGAAUGCCUCAAACUCGCCGAAAACUCCCCUCCACGUCCAACAAACUUUCGCGUAGGCGCAAUACUAAUCCUCCGCCGCGACACCCCCGACGACACCUCCGACGAUGACCAAAUCCUCUCUACGGGCUACACAAUGGAGCUUCCCGGCAACACGCACGCCGAACAAUGCUGUCUAAAAAACUACGCCGCAAAACACGGAGUCUACGAGGAAUCUGUCGCAGACGCUUUCCCGUCGCAGACAGAACGGAAUGGACGCAAAAUAUUGCUCUACGUAACCAUGGAGCCCUGCGGAGUUCGUCUAAGCGGGAACACGCCGUGUGUGCAUCGCAUAAUCCAGACACGAAAGAGUCAAGACAAUAAAUAUAACAACAACGGGAUAGAUAAAGUCUAUUUCGGGGUGAAAGAGCCAGGCACCUUCGUCGGCGAGUCUCAGGGGUGUAAAAUGUUGACUGAAGCCGGUAUACAAUGGGAGUUUGUGAGUGGGCUGGAAAAUGAGAUUCUCGCUGUUGCGACGGCGGGGCAUGAGAAGAGCAAUAAGAAGCAGGAGGCGGAUGAGCGGGGGACGAAUAUUGACGAUAUUUCGCAGGAGGAGAGGGAAAGACAGGACAGGUUGCCUAAAAACCCGAAGAAGAGGAUGAUGGAUGCUAGUUUGCAAUAA